AUGUUAGAAAAACUUCGACGUAAACUGCAUCAUCGUGACGACAAACUACGUCGUCAGACGAUAUGUGAAGGAGCCAUUGUCGAUCGUCGUGUGCCUUCGGCUACAGAGCGGCCGUUGCAUACAAAUGAUCAAUCUGAAGCUAUCAUUGACCGGCGACAUUCGCCAGAAGGACGUUGGAAAGGUGUUGUGUUCGGGCGAAAGGGCAACUCUCGAAGUGGACAUUUCCAGUCCUCAGCGGUGAAAAUCAUCGACAAGCCAGAAUCAGGUAAAUGA